AUGUCGUCCAAGGCCAGUACGACAGCUAGCAACGGCGGCUCAUCUGCUGGCAGUCGGGCAGGUGAGAAGGGCCACCAUUCGACUCACCGUAGCCGUCAUCAGAUUCGGGAGCGGAAUAGGGAAGUGGCCGCCCGCGCCAAUGCUGAACUUCGCAAUGAAAAGCUGAAGACUCUGGAUAAGGACGCUCUGAAUAAACUCGGCAUUCUACGGAAUGCUAAUAUGAUACAAGCCACCCUUGCGGUAGACUACCAGUUCCACGUGGAUACGCCGGUUCCUGAUUCGGGCUUCAAGGUCGUUCCCAUGGAGGUAUCCACACAAGAGCUGUCUAAGUUCCGAUAUACCUUUGGCGCCCUCGAGCCGGUCACCUCUAUUGUGGAUGAGGCCAGGCUGGGCUUUAUUGAUCUCAUCGACCCUACCAUGUAUGCUGCAUGCAAGCCUUUGUCGGGUUCGGACCGAGCUAAGCUGGACCCUGAGGACUUGGCGCUACUCUCGUCGAAGCCCCCAGAGAACAUCUCUCUCAAUUCGCUCAUCGGGAACAGCACAGAGACACCCGGGGUCGAUACGACUGCUGUUGGGAAGGUGACUUCGGUUGAACCACCGGAGUCUCGGGAGACGAGCCCAGCGGCCAGCACAGUGUACACUGCUCACUUCUUGAGGCGACCUAAGAUCAUGGCGAACGACAUUUUCCUGGACACUGGACACGAUAGAGUCACUGAGGUGUUGGAGUUGCAGAAAAAACAGCAGAAAAAGAAGGCUGAGAAAAUCGAUGUCCCAACAGAGCGGGAAGUAGUUGAUGUAGCUGAGAAGUCCUUUGAGGAGGCUAAGGAGGUAGAUGCUGAGUUUGGUAAAAGUCGUCUACUUUACCACCCUACGUUCAAGCGGAAGAAGCAUGUGAAGAGAGUCCUACCACUCCUUCCUAACAUCGACCUCUAUCUAGAACAUGAUUAUAUUCAAGUUAAGUUUGACGAGCCCCCUGAAAGUGUCAUGCCGGGAAGUAACGGCAACCGGAAGAGAGCUGGCAGUACUGGGGCUUCGUCGUCCAGCGCAGCACCGCCGCCGCCGCCUUGGACGGGUGCGGUCCUUCGCAGAGAGGGGAAUAGGGACAGCGAUUCUGAGGAUGAGGAUGUUGAAUUCGGAUGUCCCCAGUUUGGAUACUACCAGAAGCCUGAAAGUGCGGAUCCGAACGCACUUAGUGACACUCCUCUGGAUAAGGGCCGAUCGUUUGUCUGGUCCAACGAAGGGCAAAUAAGGCAGAAAGGAGACGAGGAAACUGAGUUUUUAUUUUACGUCCCCUCGGCUAAGGACAAGCCGGCAGUGUAUGGCCCUAUUGGUCCGAAGAUGCUCCUAAGGAAGAAGCAGAGCGCUGGGUUCGGUGUGAAUGGGAAGCGGCGGUCGAAGGUCAGGAUAGAGUCUCUGCCCAGCCGACCGCGGGAUGCUGCUGAAUCGGAGGCUAAGGACCUGAGUGCUUGGUUCAAGCGACCUAUUACUGUUGAGGAAGCCCGAGCGUACGUGUCGACUUCCAAAGGCGCCCCGGAGGAGGAGGAAAAGGCUGAGAAUACGAGCAGUAAGAGAAGGAAGACGGACGAUAGUUCCCCAGCGAAUAAGAAGCGACGGAAGGGAGAUGAAGAAGAGGAUGAGGAGAGCUCGUCGGAGGAGUCUGAUAGCGAGUCUGGUUCGAGUGGGAGUAGUGGCAGUGAUGAUGAUGAUGACAGUAGCAGCAGUGAUGAGGCCUCUGACGAGAGUGGUUGA